AUAAAAUAGUUUAGUUUAGCAAUUAGGCUUGGUUCACUAUGAAUCAAGAGGUGACUUACUCCGAUUAUGAUCCAAACCUUGUUGUUGUACAUCCAGACACAGUAUAGAGAUCUAUCCAACGAAGUAUCUGCAUGGGGUAUUAAUCGUGAGCUUUGGAGAUUACAGAAUGAAAUCUCUUGGGCGGGGGUCAGUUGGGAAUCCAUUCACAUACCAUCAUACGAAGAACAAUUCAUUAUUAGAGUUGGGAACACUAAAGCUACGAAGGAGGAAGAGGUAUUCAAUGAAGAACUGAAACCUGAAUUCAGUCAAGAUAUUACUCCAAAUUCUCUUCCUGAUGCUACUUCAUAUUCAACUUUCAAUUCCGAUUCAAUUUCUGGAUCUCCAACCGAUUCAGACAAGGGUUUACAUGGGUUUUUAAGAUCGACACCAUACAUUGAAGAUUCUGAUAUUUCAAUUGAUGAUUUCACGGUUUCUCCAUAUGAGGAAAUCAAAUCAAUUUCUACUGGUGUUGUUGAAGAAGAUGAUUCUUCCGAUUUACAACUGAUUCCUCCCAUUUUCUUCGUUGGAAACGAUGCUGAUGAUUCAACUGAGGCUGUGAGUAUCCAGUUUACAGUAAUUGAUAAAGCUGGAGUGAAUAAUUUUGAAAGGAAGGAUCAAAUCAAAUGGGGUAAGUUUUUUUCCAUUAUUCUCGAUUCUUCUCGUAUCAUUUUUGAUCCAGGAAAAGAUUUCAAACUCACUAAGAGGUUUUGUUAUUUGGCCGGUGUUUAUGAAUUUGGUUUCGAUUCAAUUACUUCCUGUUCUUUUGCGAUAUAUGUUUGCUCAAAUUUAAUGGAUGAAAUUGAUAAAAAUCCCGUAUAUGAGCUGAUUUCUAAGAAUGGCUACUGGUCAGAUUCAUGGUCUGGUGGUUCAAUUGUUUGUAGACUAACUAAUGGGGGUGUUAUUAGUAUUGCUGAAAUGUUGUUUGUUAAAAUUUCAAAGAGAGACACAAUUUGGUUGGAUAAAAUGCUUGGGACUGUAUUGCGGAGCUGGAAUGAUGGUGUUUUUUGUUCAUAUCCUUCUUUUGUUUACACUGGUUCCGUAUUUGAUCGUGACAGAGGGUAUUUUAAUUUUGCUGAUGCUUAUAGAAUUGGUUUUGAUACUCAUAAUUCUGGCUUGAUUGUUCUUAUGGAGUUGAUUUUCAUGAAUGAGUGCAAUAGAAACUGUGUUUACAAGGUAAUUAAAAGACAUGGGUAUCGAUUGAAAUGGUUGUUUCAAAAUUCUAUUGUCCUGCAGUUUGUUACAACUGGUGACAGGGGUGAUAAUGGUCAGUUGUUUUCGAAAUGGUCACAAGGAAAUCGAAUAAGAAUGAAUACUCAUUUGUCUAUGUGCAUGCUAAUGUGUGCGAUUAGGAAUAUUUAUCAAUUGUUUCAUCAAAUGCUUGAUAUGUGGGAAAAGCAAAAAUUUAUUUCUCAGCUGAAGUAUGUUUUGCUUGAUGCGAUUUUGGGUUUUCAAUUUGAGUCUUUGGCUGUUGAUUUUAUUCGACUUCUUGAAGAAUUUUUUAGGCCAGCAACCGCAUGGUCUCACCAAGUUAUUACACUUUUGAAUUCUAAUGUUACCUUGGUUCGACUCCAUGACUACUCUAUAAGGAUUAUUCUUGCAAUUGUUAGCAGCUGUUUUCGACUUCUAAAGAUGUGCUUCUUCUUAUCAAGUUCAACUCUUACAUCUGCAGCUAUUAAAGACGAAGAAAUGAAGAAAUAUCUCCAUUCUUACACAACUGGUCUUCAUUUCUUGUACUUUGUUCAACAUUAACCUUAUGGCUGUCAACAUUGGAUGUGCGUGGGGUAUGGAACAAUGAGAGGCUAUGGGAGUAUGAAGAUAAUAAAACUUGUACUCACUGUCACACAUGCUCCAAUUGUGUCAAGGUUAGUGAACUUCUUAAGAUGGAAGUGCAAAUUGUAUUCUACAAGUCUGGACAGUGUUGCAUAUUUGAGUUGGAGCAGUCCAGUUAUCAUGUGGAUGACGGAAACUCGACUCAUACUCAGGGUAAUUCAAUUCCUACAAGUGUGGCUUUUGGUAGGAUAUUUGAGGUGGAUAUUAUUCAAAAUUUAUCACAUCAUUGACAACUUGGAUACGACGAGUUCUCAAGUAACAAUUGCUGCAUUCCUCUUCUUUCUCAUCAACUUUGCUCGCCGAAUAUAUGAUAGAGGCAAGUUGUUAGCUAAUCAUGGGUAUUUUUCUUUGGAUGUUACUUCUGAAUGUUGUGUUACACAUUUUCUUAACGUCUCCAAUUCAGCUGGUGCCUUUCUAGAAUUCCAAGACUUUUCUCUUGUGCGAAAGACCGAACUGUUUUCAGUUGGAAAUUUCUGGGUUAGUGCUGAGAAGAAUGCAGCGAUUUCCUGUGGUAGUUGUUCGAGUUUCCUUCCGUAUCUAUUUUGCAACAAUUAGUGGUGCUACAUUCAGGUCUGUGCUUCUUUUACUGAUUUUCUCAACUGUAGUAGUCCAAGCACAUGGGAAUUUUGUGUUGGUAUUUUGUCAUACUCGCCUGUCAUGUUUGGUUUGUCCAUAAAAAAGUGACUAUCUCCAGCUUGAGUUCUAUGGAAGACAGCAGGCAGUACAACUCUUACAUACUGUAAUGCACACCAUAGUUGUGUCCAAGUCGGUGGCCUGUGCAAGUAUGGUUCUAUGGUUCGCAAAGAAAUGGACUUCUGAGGUGUUGGAUAGUUUUCAUUUUCAGAUUCCGAGAAGUUGGAUGAUCACACGAGAAAUGGCUACUACAAGCUCAAGCAACUUGCACCAACUUGUGAUGGUCAGCUCAAUGUGAGGAACUGUUCUGCGGUAUUAGAAAAGCUACAUCAUUCCUUUGGACACUCAUACAAGCUUGACAUUUUUCAGAGGUGUUACCAGCAUGGUACUUUGAUUUCACGUGCUAGUUGUUCGAUUAUGCUUCAGUACCCAUUUUGCCGCAAUUGCUGGUGCUUAGGAGUUGCAGGAAUUGAGAAGUUGGCGACACAAACAUCAGCGACUGGAUUAUUGAAGAGUGCGCUCGGAGGAGAAUCGAAAGUCAUUCACGUGGUUCCUUGUUGGGGGAAUUACCGAUUAACGUAAAACCAAUCACACAACACCACCGAUUAACGUGGACAAAACCUUUCAAUGCGAAAAGUAAACAACCACGGGCAAACUUCCACUAUGACAAAUAAUGGGUUACAACGACUUAUCCCAAACUGGGGUUUCACAAGACUUCACGGUGCAUAUAGCACUUGGAUAACAAUGCCCUCUUUCUAUACUCACCGCUAACGAUGGAUAACCAAAAUAAUUCUUUACCAAAUACUUGGAUAGAUUCAACCAAUAAUAAAACAAAAAAGAUGAGAAACUUACUACUAGAAGGAGUUGAAUAAACCCUAAAAAUCCUUUCAAGAGAUGUAGGAUGCGGUGGAUUAAUCUUCACCAACCAAACUGGUUCUUCGCUAAACACCCUUCUUCUUCAAGCUCACAUAAUAUUCACCCUUCUCCUCGAAUGGUGGCUGCCUUGUUUUCUCCUUCCUCUUGUUUUCUCACGGCGCCAAAACCCUCCUUUGGUCGCACCUUUCUUGAUCCCUCACACAAGGCUUAUAUA